UUUUUUUUUUUAAUAUAACAUUUCUUCACCGAUCUUUUCGAUAAUUAUCGUUCUGUGUCGAAGAAAGAAUCAUUUCGUCGAGUUUUUAAUAUAUCUCGUAAGUGUGGACGAUUAUAGAAAAAAAGGAGGAUUAUUAUUCCGAACGUGGAAGAUUAUCGUCAUCGUCAUCAUCGUCGUCGUCAUUGUGGUCGUCGUCAUCAUCAUUCUCAAUAGUUCUUUACUUAGAAGAUUUCACGCAAGAACACGUGAUACGUUUGAAACAACGAUAACAGCAAGUGCAUAACAUCAACAGAAAGAAAGAAAGAUACAUAGAUCCAACUACAUCCAUAUAUACGUACUUAAUUACUUACGUCUGAAGAUAAAUAAAAGAAACAAAGAGACUGAAAGAUGACGGUCGUAGUGGAUUCAGCAAAGACGGAAGAAGGUAAUGGACCACCAAAAAUCGAGACCUUCGAUGAUGUCCUGCCAUACGUUGGUGAAGCCGGCCGUUACCAAUUGUUCCUUUUUUUUCUUCUCUUGCCAUUCACCUUCGUGUACGCGUUCCUAUACUUCGCACAGUUCUUCAUAACGUUGGUCCCAGCUGAACAUUGGUGCCACAUACCGGAGCUCAAGCAAUGGAAUCUCACGGAUCAUCAAAAAAUCGCCAUAUCGAUACCACCACCAACGAGCGAAGAAUUAAAAUUAGAAAGUUCGACGUCCUUCUCGAGAUGUUACAUGUACGAUGUAAAUUACAACGAUAUUCUCAGCAAAGGAGCAACAAAAUCUGAUCCAAACUGGCCAAAAGUUCCUUGUCGCAAUGGAUGGGAAUAUAAUUAUACGAUGAUACCGUAUGCCUCGAUCGCUACUGAGUUGUCCUGGGUCUGCGAGAGAACAUUUCUGAGUUCAGCAGCGCAAUCAGCAUUUUUCGUUGGCAGUAUAAUCGGUGGUUUAAUCUUUGGAUACAUAGCUGAUCAUUAUGGUAGAAUACCAGCUUUGGUUUCCUGCAAUGCCGUAGGAUUUUUCGCUUCUGUCGCUACGGCCUUUUGCAAUAGCUUUUGGACUUUUUGUCUGGCAAGAUUAAUCGUCGGCACGUCCUUUGACAAUUGCUUCAACAUUCUUUUUAUCAUCGUUAUCGAAUAUGUAGGACCAAGAUAUAGAACAUUGUUCGCAAACAUGUCUUUUGGAAUUUAUUUCGCCGCGGCAGCUGGAUUGUUACCAUGGAUCGCUUAUUGGAUAGCAGAUUGGAGAAUUUUAAGUAUCGUCACGGCAUUUCCCAUGAUCGUUGCAUUUAUCGGACCUUGGAUCGUUCCUGAAAGUGCACGAUGGUACAUCAUGAUGGGUAACACCAGCAAGGCCAUUGAAAUGUUGCAAAAAUUCGCCAAGGUCAAUGGGAAGAACGUGAAACAAGAAAUUUUCGACGAAUUUGAAAAGAGUUGUAAAAGUAUAGCGGAAAAAGAUAAUAUCCGUCAACAAUAUACUGUUUUGGAUCUUUUCAAAUUGCCUCGAUUAGCAUAUAUUACGAUUAUACUUAUAAUAUAUUGGCUUCUCAUCGUUCUGGUAUUUGAUGGACACGUAUGGAAUAUGAAAUUGUUAGAUCCAGACGUUUUUACAUCUUUUUCUCUUGCCUCGAUGACCGAGCUCCCAGCUGCUAUUCUUUUGGCUCUUUUACUCGAUAGAUGGGGACGACGAUGGAUGGGAUUUGCCUCGAUGUUUUUAUGUGGUAUUUUCUCAUUUAUCGCAAUCGCUACACCCGAAGGAUAUUUCACUGUGGCUAUGGCCAUUCUGGCACGUUUAGGAGUAAACAUAGCCGCUAAUAUUGGUUUUCAAUAUGCAGCUGAAAUGUUGCCAACGGUUGUACGUGCACAAGGCGUUUCGUUGAUCCAUAUUAUUGGUUAUUUCGCUCACAUUAUUGGACCUUACAUUAUUUAUUUGUCCGACGUAAGUCCAGUAUUACCUUUGGUCGUUCUCGGAUUAUUAUCUUUCGUAGAUGCAUUUUUAACUUUGGCAUUACCGGAAACUUUAAAUCAAGAUUUACCAGAAUCUUUACAAGAAGGAAAUGAUUUUGGCAGGGAACAAAGUUUCUGGUGGAUUCCAUGCAUAUCAUCAACUCCAGUUUUGAAGAAAUCUUACAGAACAAAGAAAGGUAUGACGAAUGCUGCUUUCCACGGUAGUAUUCAAAGAAUCGAUUCAACUAGAUUAUAGCGAUCGAUGGAUAAAAGUAAUGGGAAUAAUCUCCAUCGGUGAUAAUAACCAAAUCGUUGUAAAUAAUAAUAGUAAAUAAGUGUGAUCUUAGAUUUUAAGCAAGCCGCGGAUUAAAAUUAACGAAAGAUUGGACAAUAUUUGUUUUAAUGAAGGAUAAGAAAAACAAACAAAUAAAAAAAAAGCAAACAAAUAAAAAAUCUUAUGAUACAUAUACAUAUACAUUAAUAUGAUAUUAAUUUGAAUUUCCAAAGAUAUAAUUAUUAUAUUUACAAUUUAAUCAUUCAGACUUGUAUUAAUCUUUGACAAUGAACAGUAUUACGAAUGGAAUGAUUUCAUACAGUGCGACAUAAAAAUGAUGAUGAUGAUGAUGAUGAUGAU